AUGACAGCGUUGCUUACGUCAGACCUUCCGGCUAGUGAGUUGGCAUCUAUGGGAACCGUUGUGGCCGCAGCACUAUCUCAAACGCGAGCCUCAGAUGUAGCCACACCAAAAGUAAAUGGCUCUUUGUUCGAGGAAGUGACAUUCGAGGACGUGGCCGUCGGUGACGAGGAGUACGAGCACCAAGGUUUGACUCUUGAGCGGAAGACAGCAGUAUCGAUAAAAGGGAUGGCAGUCAGUCAAAUAGAACAUAGAGAACUGCGGUCUAUUUGCAAGGCACUUGCAGUGCCCGGUUACAAAAACAAUAAGAAGACGGUGAUGGCCCAUCUAAUAGCACUGAAGAAGCUCAACGAAGACGUGUAA